AUGUACAUGUACAUUUUUAUUUCAAUACAAUACGUUAAUAUCAAUAUUUUUAUAAAAUAAAUCAAAAAUGCUUACAGCAUUUAGGGACAAUUUACCUAAUCCUCAUAGAAAUUGUAUCCAUGAAAUUUUGAGUAUACUCGUUUGCCACGACAAUGAUUUGAGGCGCAUAAAAAUGGAAUUACGUAAUCUUCAAGAUGAAUUUAAAGAGUAUGUGGAUAAAAUAAAUUUUGGGUUUCUGAGAGAAAACAAAAAUAGAUGUGAAGGAUCUGAGAAAAUUAUACUUUUAACUCGGAAAAUUACUACAAUGCACGAAGUAAACGAAUGUUUUUCAAAGAAAAUCGAAGCACUUAAGAAAAACAGUGAAGAAAUUAUUAGUAAUGCACGUCAAUGCAUUGCAGGUUUAAAUUCCGAAAAAUGCAAAUUCAGGCAGUUUCAUGAAAAAAGCAUUGAUUACUUAAAACGAUAUGCCAUAAAAUCGGAUGAUACAACUGUCAUAAAUAAUUGUGAAAAGGAUAUUUGCGAAAUGCAUAAACUUUUUGUCAAAGAAGUUUCUUUGAUAAAGAAAUGUGAAGCAGAGCUGGAGUCAUUUUUUCAAAUAUGUAUUUUACAAAAUGCAACCAGUUGUUGCUGUUUCAAAGAUUAUAAUUGGCUACCACAAGGUAAAACCCUCCACACAGUUGAUGGCCUCGUUGAAGAAAUAAAAUGCCUAAUGGGCACAAUAUUAAGUAAAGCGUUUGCUCAGUUUUAUGUUCAUCAUUCAGCAGAAAUUAAAUCAUUUUUAGCGUCAUAUCUUAUGAACAUUGAACACAAUGAAGAAGUACUUCAAGAAAAAUUAAAUAUUUUUGGCAACUUAACUUGAAUUUAAUUAAAAUUGUUUAUCCAUAAUUAUAUUAAUCUAACUGUACAUUUGUGUUUUGUUUGCACACCAUAUAUUGACCUAAAAGCUACAGGUAUUACGCCUUCAAAUCAUUUCUACAAAAAUUGUUUAUAUUGUAGUUUGUCGCACAAAAGAUGGGACAUACGAGUAUUAUAUAUAAAAAAUUAUCUGAACUGAAUAUUGUUUAAUAAAAAUAAUGUAAAUG